AUGGCUGGAAUGCUUCGCGGGGUUGAAUGUGCUAGAAGAAGACGGUUUCAUCAGAGCGGUGCUUUUUCAGCUCCACCUACUACGUCUGCAGCCCAUGCCUCCCCAAGGCGGUCAUCGUUUUGUUUGUACACAACCAACCAUGAAUUCCAUCUCACUUCAUUUUCUUCCAUGCAGAGAAUUACGCUGAACCAGGAAUAUCUGAAUGAGAAGCUAGCAGAAGUGGCUAGAGAAGCCAAAGAAAGGUUAGAUGAGAAGCUAAAAGCACAAAGGAAAUUAGAUACCAAAAGGUAA